AUUCUUUAAUCUUUACCCAAAGGACUCGAAUAGGCAAUGCUCUGCUUUAUUCUCAACUCUCUAAAACUAUCGGUAAUCGGUCUCAGUCUCUGCGCAGCCAUCCGCAGAAACCAUUGCCCUAUCUUCUCCGCGGCUCUGAUUUUCCGGCGAUUCUCAGGCACAGUGAAGCCUUUGAAAGAGUACUUGAUUGUAGGAAACAAAAGGGGAAAAGACAGUAAUAAUAAUAAUGGCGAAACGGGGGAAGAAGAGGCAUGGUAUGUAUGGUGCAGGACGUAGGAAUGUGAAGUGUGAUACCAAGUAUUCCAAGUUUGAGAAAAUCUCAACACAGGUGGAUGAUGAUUAUAUGUUGUAUUUAGAAACCCUGGACAGUAGCCAAGAAAGUGGCUUUGAGAGGGAAGAUAGUAUGGAUCAUAAUGAUGUCAAUGAUAAUGAUGUUGACCCUCAGUAUAGGAUCUUUUUGGAUAAUACUGUACAAAAAGGGACAGCGUAUGUGACUACACUUGAGGAGAAUGGAUUGCCCUUAAUUCUGCACUAUGAAAAAGAAGAAGUCAUAUCUAGUGAUGAGCGGAAUGAUGUUCAUAGGAUAAAAGUGAAGAAGACUAGGAAAGGAGGUGAUGGAAAAGAUUUAGAGGAUCUUAAGGUAAAGAGCAAUGUGGAAAGACCAAGAAUUUUAAGGAGUCAUGUGAGGAAUUGUGAAAAAUCAGUGCUUGAACCAUUGAAUCCUGUUUCUAUGGGGAGAAGGCAGCCUAUGUCUGGGAAACAACACAAGUAUAAUAUGAAGAAUAACUCAGAUAAAGAGCAGAGAUCUUCAAGUGCAGGCGCUGAGGAAAAAUAUCUAGACAAAGAUUAUUUUCUUUUCCUGCAAUGCUUGCAAUGUGAAGGAUACACCUUGAAGGCUUUAUUUCCAGAUAACCAGCAUGUGGAAUAUGAUCGUGAUGAUUCUGGAGAUGUUGAAGUCCUUGAUAUUGAUUCCUUUACAUUUUGCAAUGGGGGAAGCUUCAAUCCAUGUGUCCCUUCAACAGAUUAUUGCGAGGUGGGCAACACACUGUAUGAAGACUCUCAAUUUAGACAGGAGAUAACCAGUAUUCUUAGGAGGCCCUAUGACCAAGCAGAGUUUGAAAAGCUUUUGCAAGAUGUCAAAGUUCAAAAGCCAAUGGAUAGAAAUUUGGAGUUACGCCAUGGGAGAGAGAGACGCUGCCCAUCAAAUAGAAUUGGAAAAUCUUAUCUUGAUCACUUUGAUGAUUUUAACAUCAAACUUGAAGAAGUGAGCCCUGACAAACAUAAAAUGUUGAACAUCUUGCGUGGAUUUUUCUUUUGGCUACAGAAUAUGACUAAGGAACGAGCGUUCAAGCCUUGGGAGGACCCAAAAUGCCUUGCUGUUAUGCCUGGAUCUUGCUAGGAGUUGGAAAGACACAAAAGGUUGAACAAAUUCCUUUUUGCAGCAGCCAGCAGGAAUGUAGUAGUGUUUUUGAGACUUCAGAUGUUAAAUGCUGCUUGUUUGCUUCCUACUUUCUCUUUAAAUGCCUGUUUUGUAUCCAGAACCAGAAGAGAUAGCAAUGAAAGUAAUUUGCCAUGUC